GCGGAGGAGCUUCAUCGGCUGCUCCCGAGCAGCGCGGACGGCCGAGAGUCUCAGGCUGUCGGGGUGUGUUUUGGGGAGACGGAGGGAAGAUGCGGAGCAGACCGCUCGUGACCUGAACUUCCUUCCCUUCCCGGCUGCCUCAGUCAGAACCUUGCACAUUCAGCAUAAUGCCCGUCUUUUCUACCAACGACAAACCAAGUGAGAGCAGUCCGAGGCUGCAGCCGGAGCGGGAGCGAGCAGCGGACGCAGCGGGCAAGAUGCGGACUUUGUACCCGGUCUGCGCGUAGUUCUCUUAGGAGAGACGAACAGACCGUCUAGAUGUGCAGCAGUAAGACUUUAUGCUUUUCUGAAGGUUUCAGGAUCCAAAUAUCAAGUCAGAGAGAAGCUUUAGCAUUCUGAAACCACCGGUGUGACAUGAAAGACAAAAGAAGCAAGGAAGAGGACAUCCAAUGAUGACCCUCCAGUGUAUUUUCCAUGGCUCUGUCGGAGUUGAGUGCUGUGAAAAGAGUGGAGGGAGUGUGAAAAUAUGGUGAACUUUACUUGUGUGUCCCAACUGAAUAAUGGACGGUUGCUGGUGAAGGAAUCAUAUCGUUUAAUGCGACCAUUGCUCUUGUGUUUGGAAGCUUAGGACAAUUAAUUACCAAGGGAUUACUCAACCUCUUUAGCAUCAGGCUGGACACAGUGGUGUUAUUAAGCAAACAGCCAAAAUGUAAUGACGUUUCUGCAGGAAUUUUCAAAUCCCAGUUUCUUAUAAUUUUUGUCUCUGUUUGGUUUAUGUAUUCUUUGGAUCGAUUUGAAAUGGAGAUACAGUGGCGUUUAUGGAAUAAGGACUGGGCCACCUUCAUAAGGCCGUGGAUACCUAUACUGUUAGGCCUUCACCUCCAGUUCUCCCGGGCCUCCAACUGUCCCGAGGAGUGCCGCUGUGAUCGCACAUUUAUUUACUGCAACGAGCGGAGCCUGACCUCAGUGCCUCUGGGAAUCGGUGAGGGUUAUAAGACUCUCUACCUCCACAACAACCAAAUCAAUAACGCUGGGUUUCCCUUGGAGCUCCACCACGUGGCUUCUGUGGAAACUGUGUAUCUCUAUGGCAACCAGCUGGAUGAAUUCCCCAUCAACCUGCCCAAAAAUGUGAGGAUUCUCCAUCUGCAAGAGAACAACAUUCAGACUAUCUCCAGAGUGGCUCUGGCUCAGCUUCUUUGGCUGGAGGAGCUGCAUUUGGAUGAUAACUCCAUUUCUACAGUAGGGGUGGAGGAAGGAGCCUUCCGUGAGGCAGUGAGCCUGAAGAUGCUCUUCCUCACCAAAAACCACCUCAGCAGUGUGCCUAUUGGUCUUCCAGAUGAUCUAAAAGAGUUACGACUGGAUGAGAACCGGAUUGCAGUUAUCGCAGAGGAAGCAUUUAGGAAUGUCACACGGCUAGAGCGCCUCCUGUUGGACGGAAACCUGUUGACAGAUGAAGGGAUUGCUCCAGGGACAUUUCAGGACCUGGUAACUCUGAGGGAACUGUCCCUGGCCCGCAACUCACUCACAUACCCUCCCCCAUUCCUCCCAGGGGAGGUGCUUAUCAAGUUAAACUUCCAGGAAAAUCAGAUAAACUGGAUCCCUGUCAGGGCAUUCGCAGAGUUGCACAAGCUGGAGAGGCUGGAUAUUUCGAACAACCAGCUGCAGUCAUUGACACAGGGAGUCUUUGAUGGCCUCGUAAGUCUCAGACAGCUCACUGUUCGAAACAACCUUUGGCUGUGCGACUGUGGUAUCAAAUGGGUGGUGUCAUGGCUUAAAUCUCUGCCAGCCUCGCUCAAUGUGCGCGGCUUCAUGUGCCAUAAACCUGAAAAGUUCCGGGGCAUGGUGAUCAGAGAGCUGAGUGGUGAGCUGGUCCAGUGCCUGCAGAGCACAGUGACAGCACCCCUGUCCACCACACCAGCUGAUUUUGCGUUUUUCCCAUCCCUCUCAUCUUCCACAGACUCCCCUAUAGUAACUCAGUAUGUUUCCUCCUCCUCCAGGCAACCUUUCCCCACAAUAUCCACCCUCUACCCUAUCUAUACAACCAGAGAGGGGGGGUUGAGGACUAAGCAACCUCUGGAUCCCCAGAGGGAGACUGUGCAGGUCACAUUUGCCAUACUGAAUGGCUCAGCUAUCCACGUCAGCUGGGUGGCCGCAUUUCCAGUCACUGCCUAUAAGGUGACCUGGGCCAGGAUGGGCCCCAGUCUGACAGGAGACACUGUAAGGGAGAGGAUAGUGGGUGGGGAUCACCGGGGGAUCCGACUGGCUAAUCUUGAGCCAAAAUCCACCUAUCGGAUCUGUGUCAUUCCCUUGGAUGCAUUCAAUAAUUACCGGCCCAAAGAUGAUACUGUGUGCACUGAAGCCAUGACCACACCGGCCUCAUUCAGCCCUGACAACAACAAAAGACCGUCAGGGCCAGAGCAUGCCACACAACAAGAACCCAGCUCACCUUUCUUGCUGGCUGGGCUGAUCGGUGGGGCCGUGAUUGUGGUGCUGGUCGUUCUCCUCAGCAUUUUCUGCUGGUACAUGCACAAGAGGAGCCGCUCCAAGUCCUCCACCAAGUGGAAAUACAACCGGGGUCGGAGAAAAGAUGACUAUUGCGAGGCAGGCACCAAGAAAGAUAAUUCCAUCUUGGAAAUGACUGAGACCAGCUUCCAGAUAGUCUCACUCAACAAUGAGCAGCUCCUCAAGGGAGAUUUCCGCAUUCAGCCUAUUUACACCCCUAAUGGGGGCAUGGGUUUCCGAGACUGCCCCCUGGGGAACAACAGCACAGUCUACUGCAAGAAUAAUGUUUAAGGUGCAGAUUUGUGUUGCACAUGAUGGUUUUGGAGAGCAUCAGGACCAUUUUUAAUGACAACCACCCACACUUUGCUGGACACUGUACAGUGUUAAUAUUAUUUGAAACCCCUGUGUCUUCAAAAAAUGUAAUUUAUACAACUGGCUGGAUGAUAUCUUUUAUAUAACAACAUUGGCUUUAUAAGUUAUUGCUUUCUAGAGUUGUUCUGUUUGAGUUCUGUGCACACAGACAUGUACAAUCAGGAUUCAUUUAUAUCUAAGUAUUUAGACUCGGUUUCAUUUGAUUUUCAGUGGUAGUGAAUGAUUUUGAAGUCAUUGUAUACUGUGACCAUAACAGAUACAGAGUUUACACUGUAUCUGCAUUGCAUCAUAAGAGUACUGAAACCGGCUAGUCAAAUUCUGUAUGAUAGAAGGAGAAAAGAGACAGGCACAAAGCAACCACAGUCACCACUAGAGGGCAUAUUUUUUCUGGAAACCAUACAGUCCACCACACUUUCUGUUUUUAAUCAAGUCAUCAUGGUAAUAUGACACAUUUGCUUAAUUGCAACUACACUAAGUAGAGAUGUAGAAAAAUUAUAUUUCGCUCUAUGAAGAGGACACAUUUUUAUGCAAAUGGAAUUUCUCUCUGCUUCAAAAGGAAAUUUAAAGGUCACACUCAUUAAACAUUCACAGAAAGUUAAAGGCUGCAGUGCUUUCACCAGCUUUUCAAGAUUAAUUCAUUAUCACAGUUAUGGGUUCAUGUUAUUCGUACUAGCUAUGUUUGAUGGUGGCUGUCGGAGUGAGCAACAAAAAAGCACAUCUGCCAUCCAUUUAUAGUUUAACCCAUUAAGCCAUUAAGAACUCUUUCACUUUUG